UGAAAGAGCAGCCUGGGAAAGACGAUAUCCGUACGCUUUCUCUAUUCGAGACGACAAAGAGCUCUGGAUACAAGGCUUUAUUUUUUACAGAGACAGCAGGAUCAGUAGAAGAUUUGCCUUAUGUGAGAUCAAUAAUUUUUCAAGCAACAUCCUUGUGAAAUUGGGAUGAUAGCGUUUUUUUAUUAAUAAAUUACAAUUAUCCCGCAAAAAGCCCAGACCAGCAUUCCUCCUGAUGUCGGAAGAUUCAGACUCCAAGAACUACUGCUUCUCUGUGAUGCAGGACCAAGAUGGAGCUUCCUGCAGCGGUCAGCACCCUCCUGCCUCGCAGCACAAGCAUCGCAAGAUCCCCCGCUCUCGAUCGCUCCCCGAGGAGGACAUGGAGAUGAAGAGCAGUGGCUCCAGCGGUAGUGGAACUGAAUCACACAGCAAUGAAAGCCACGGCAACACAAGCCAUGGCACUGAGAGUCUUGGCCAUGCCUCAAUGGGCAGCUCCAAUGGCACCAGUAAGGACUCUGCAAUACUGGAAUCUUCUGAAAGCAACAAAAGCUCAAACUCUCACAGUCCGUCUCUUCCGAGCAGCUCCAACGCCUUCAGUCUGCUGAGCUCAGAGCAGGACAACCCAUCAACCAGCGGCUGCAGUAGUCAGGAGUCUGCCAAAGCUAAGACCCAGAAGGAGAUGAUUAAAACUCUGAAAGAGCUGAAGCUUCACAUGCCCACUGAGAAGAGACACAACAGCAAGUCCUCUACACUGAACACCCUCAAGUACGCACUGAGCUGCGUCAAACAGAUGGAAGCCAAUGAGGAGUAUUACCAGCUGCUGAUGACCAAUGACAGUCAACCUUCAGGCCAGGAUGUAUCCUCUUAUACGAUAGAGGAGAUAGACAGCAUUACUUCAGAAUACACCCUCAAAAACAAUGACAUGUUUGCAGUAGCAGUGUCUCUCACCACAGGAAGAAUAGUGUACAUUUCUGAUCAGGCUGCCUCCAUCCUAAAGUGCAAAAGAGACGUGUUUAAGAACAGCAAGUUUGUGGAGUUCCUGGCGCCGCAGGAUGUUAGCGUGUUCUACAGCUUCACAACGCCGUACCGCCUGCCCUCCUGGAGCAUGUGCACCGGAGCAGAGUCAUCUCCGCCUGACUCCAUGCAGAAGAAGUCCUUCUUCUGUCGUAUCAGUGGUGGUAAGAAAAGCGAGGGCUUUCUGCAGUACUAUCCAUUCCGCAUGACGCCCUACCGGAUGAAGGUCCCAGAUACAGUGCAUGCUGAAGACCAGUUCUGCUGCCUCCUGCUGGCAGAGAGAGUUCACUCUGGUUAUGAUGCACCCAGAAUUCCAUCCGACAAACGCGUCUUCACCACCACACACACACCGAGCUGCUUGUUUCAGGAUGUUGAUGAGAGGGCGGUUCCUCUCCUUGGGUAUCUCCCCCAGGACCUCAUUGGCACACAAAUCCUCCUCCACCUGCAUCCCAAUGACCGACCGAUUAUGUUGGCCAUUCACAAAAAGAUUCUUCAAUUUGCAGGACAACCAUUCGACCACUCCUCCAUCCGGUUCUGUGCGCGAAAUGGAGAAUACCUCAUUCUGGACACCAGCUGGUCCAGUUUUGUCAACCCCUGGAGCCGCAAGGUGUCCUUUGUUAUGGGAAGACACAAAGUGCGAAUGGGCCCUGUGAAUGAAGAUGUUUUCUCGCCCCCUGUCUCAACUGUCAUUGAGAUGAAGACCGUGGACAAUGACAUCCAGGAGAUUACUGAGCAGAUCCACCGGCUCCUGCUGCAGCCGGUCCAUAACAGUGGCUCCAGUGGUUACUGCAGUCUGAACAGAAACGACCACCUUGUGGGCAUGAGCUCCUCUAACGAGAGCCUUAACAACAGCAACGGGGCCAAGAUCCAACUAGAGGAGGAGGAAGUGAGCGACAAAGCACGACCGCGGACCUUUCAGGAAAUCUGUAAAGGAAUACAUCUUCAGAAAAGCCUUGAGCAUCAGACAACCAAACCAGACAUCAAGAAAAGCAAUGGCAUAGAGUGUGUACAGAGACACUCGACGGCGGUGCGGCCCAAAGACUCGACGCCCCUCCACUGGAAGGACACCGGGGUCACGAUGGAGGAGAACCGGUCCUCCUCCAACGAGGACACGGUCUUCAAAGAUCAGAACGCCUACUCCUAUCAGCAGAUCAGCUGUCUGGACAGUGUUGUCAGGUACUUGGAGAGCUGUAAUGUUCCCAUCAGUAUGAAAAGGAAGUGCCGUUCUUCCUCUAACACCACGUCCUCUAACUCGGAUGAGGACAAACAGAAAGAACCUCACAGCAUGCAGGUGUCUGAAGAACCAGCCUUGUUGAAGAAUCAGUCUUCUCUCUCCGCUUUGGAAGAUCACGACAAAAAGUCCAGUGACGCGGCCACAGCGGUAGUGGGCACAUCGCUGCCCCUUUCUGUACCAAACAAACCCGAAAGUGUGGUGCCCAUAACCAGCCAGUUUAGCAACAUUAGCACCAUAGUGCAUGUUGGGGACAAGAAACCUCAACCGGACUCAGAGAUCAUAGGGGAAUCCAGCCAUAUCUCCGGGGUUCCUCUCUGUGUUGUUUCACCUCCCAGUCACGAGAGGGAGUCCUAUAAGAAACUCGGGUUGACCAAGCAGGUUUUGGCAGCCCAUACGCAGAAGGAGGAGCAGACCUUUCUGUAUCGCUUCAAGGAGCAUCGAGGACUUACAGCGCUUAAAGAAAACUGCUCUCAGUACCUGGAGCGUCAGAGGGAACAGAUCGCCAGCUAUGCUAUACCCGCUGCUCAGUCCUCCAAGCAUGAUGAACCGAGUGCAGAGCCCACCGCUCGGCGAGGCACAGGGAACAAGAAGACCAAGUCAAAGCGGGCGAAGCAGAUGGAGUCCUCCGACAGCACCGUGUCCCACCACAGACAACAACACCUGCGGCCCCCUCUCCUGACCCACGGCCUCAACCUGACCUCCUGGUCGAGCUCUGACACCUCGCAGUCAAACUUCCCCAUGGCCUACCCCUCAGUGAUGCCAGGCUACCCCCUCCCGGUUUACCCCAGAGCCAAUUCCUUGGCCCCCCGCACAGAUGCCACUCAUCAAGGCUUUGUGGACAAUCGGGGCACCCAGCCCCCUCCCUGCCCACAGCCCAUCCACCCUGCUCCCUUCACCACCCCUAUGGUCGCUCCUAUUGUGGCUCUAAUGCUGCCCAUGCCCUUCUCUCCAUUGGCCCCCUCACUGCAAUCUCCACAGCCAGUGUUCCACGCAGCCACUGCUGGCUUCCCCACCCAAAUGCAGCCUUUUAGUCCGGUUGCCUUUCCAGUCCCGGUCCACUUCGCAGCUUCACCGUCCUUCACUGUCCAGAGCCAGUUCAACUCCCCGAACCACUUUGCUCUCCAAUCGAACUACAUCCCCUCUGCGUUCUACUUUCCUCCAGGCCCGGAAACCUCAAAGGCGCCCGUGGUUGAGAGCCAGUCUCGCUCCUCCACGCCGCAGUCUGGAAGCCCGGCGUCUCCACCCCUGUUUCAGUCUCGCUGCAGCUCACCCCUCAACCUGCUGGAGCUGGAGCUCUGUGUGGACCGGCAGGACUGCACAGCGCUCUCCUCUGGAGGGCAAGGGAAUAAUAUGGCAGAAUGGGAGAUGGGAGCCAGUGGAAACCAGGCCAAAGAGAGGGAGAUGAAGCAGCCUUCUCUCAGUCUCCUUGGUCCACCUGGACCCUUGUAUUGCGAGGGCUCGCACUGUGUCUGUGAUCGUUUGUCUUGGGAUAAAGUGUGCUCUAGAAGGUCUUGCAGCAAAGAGACAAGUUCAGGUGGCGAUGGGAACAACAGUGACGGCAACUCUUUCUCCAUCGACAUGUUGGACAUUAUUCUCCACGAGGACUCCGGCUCAGCCGACUCGGGCUCCAUGGGCUCCGGAUCGAACGGCUGCGGUACUUCAGCCAGUGGGACCUCCAAUAGCAGGACGUCAAACAGUAGGACAUCAAACAGCGGGAUAUCAAAGAGCAGGACGUCUGGCAGUGGAAAAGGAAGCAACAACAGUAGCAACUACUUUGGCAGCGUGGACUCGUCCCAGAUCAGCCAGAAGGUCAAAGGUCACCUGAAUGGCAGCGAAAGCAGGGCUUUGGAGAUGGACCAGAGUGAACAUUUCAUCACUGACAUCCAGAGAGUACUCAGAGACGACAGAGAGAAGCUGAGACUGCUGCAGAAGAGCCAGCCGAGCUUUUCAGAGGAGCAGAAGAAGGAGCUGAUGGAGGUGCACCCCUGGAUUAAGAGAGGAGGUCUGCCAAAGGAGAUGGACAUCAAGGCGUGCUCUUGCUGUAAUGGUGCCUCGGAGGCAGCAGCAGUGUCAGCAGCGGUGGAGGAGGAACAGGCAAACCUUGACCUCGGUGAAACGGAGGCGCUGGAGGAGGGCUGCCAGCGGAGGCCCAGAGAGGAACCCUCCAACUCUCUCUCAGAGACAACCAGCUAGACAACAAACUCAUCAAGAUCUUCAAAGUGUCCCCUAUUACCCGUCUGACUCUGUUUCUGCACAACUGUGAAAAGUGGCCUUCUUUGCGUGAAGCAUCAAACAGGCCCUUUGCUCUUCUCACAACAUUCAUUACUGUCUUAAGUUAAAGCUUGUGUUGAAUGUAAAUAUACGAGUGCUGGAUUCUGUGACUGCGUAUGAUCAUUCACUCAUUCCGUUUAGCGCUUAAUAUAGUGCAGCCUCUGCACUGAUAGGUCAUAAGUGAAACACAAUGUGUGCUUAUGCAGCACAGUAGAGGUCAAACAAACACCGACAGACCAGAGGCUGCGUCACUCACAUGGCAGGAAGUGGCUCUUUGGUGUUCAAACUGCUGCGGUAAAAGAGUUGAUUCAGCUUUUUGUGAUGUGAUUUUCUCAGUUACAACAACAGCACGCUGAGUCAGCAUGUGGUAAAAACAGGCGGAGUUCAAUUUCAGGCACUCCUGUUCAGGCAUGCAUAGCCAUCAAGCACUAAAUGAACGCACAACUGCACUUUGUGAGCUACACAUGGAGGCAAAGAUGAAAGGUGUUGUGUUUAGUCACUAAUAGCAAAUGAAUGUCCAAAAUAUAAACUUGUUCCCGAAUGCAGCAGGCAUGGACUCACCAUCUGAAGCUUUUCAACAACUCCAUCCCCUGAAAACGUACUCCCAUACAAGGCAAUACUAAAUGUACAAUAUUAUAUAUUGAACUUAAGUGAUGUAAUACUAUAACGAAUCAUAACAUGGAAACGUUAAUGUGUUACUGACCGCCAGUGAAUUGUAGGGGGAAUGGGUGAAAAACCUAGAAUAAAGCUAUAUUUAUUCACCAGUCCAUGUUAUAAUGUUUAUGAGAAUGUAUCAUUCAAAGGGAGCUUUGUGUCACUUGUAACCUUAUGAAGCUUUAAGCUUUCAUUGUUUAUACGUAUUUUCAUUCAGCCUUUUUGUCAGUAUCAGCUUUGAAAAGUGCCUCUUAUUUAAAUAAACUUUAAUUUUAAUGCAU